UGCUGCUGGAUAUCCGUUUGAUUGGGCCGCUAGUUGUUAGGGGGCGGGGAGACGCGGUAGCCAGGAGUGUGACGGACAGGUGCACAGGCCGGAAGCUGCUGCAGGAGUCAGGUCGGUAGUCGGUCGGAGGGUGAGUGUGUCGGACAUGGGGAGUGUGAGGCAGGAGAUUCGGUAUGAGAAGCUGCAGGACACGGACACUGAGGAGCCCGAGGGACAGGUGACUGUGCGAGUGUUCAGGAACCGUUCAUUGGCCGCCUCCCGGGGGCGGGACAGAGAGACGUACCUGCGAGUGCUCUCCUCCAUGCUCCUCCUCCUGGUGGCCGUGGGCUUUGUGCUGUAUGAGCUGCAGGUUAGUCGAGCGGAGCCUCCCCGGGGCCACAAUGAAUUGCUGGAGAAUAAGAAUGAAUUGCUGGAGUCUGAUGAUGAAGAGGAGGAAGAUGAGAGUCACCAUCACAGUCACCAUCAUGAUGAGUCUGACAAUCAUUCUGACUCUACUGGUCACCACCAUCCCACCAACACUUACCAUCAAGGCAUCGCUGUGACAGACUCCGACGUGUGUUCCAGGAUAGGGAAAGAGAUGCUACAAGAUGGCGGCACAGUGGUUGAUGCUGGAAUUGCUGCAGUUCUAUGUCUGGCAGUUAUUCACCCUCACACCACUUCUUUGGGUGCUGUAUUCUCCUGUGUUGUGUAUAAUGGGAGCAGUAAUGGUGCCAGGAUGCUGAAUGCUCUGCCACGUGACCCUUCCCCCAGUCCAUUUGGGGUCCCUGUGAUGCUCCAGGGUCUCCACCUUCUGCACCAGAAUUAUGGCCACAAGCCAUGGGAGGAGCUGCUGAGUCCGGCCAUCAGACUGGCAAAUAAAGGGUUCUGUGUGGAUGAUACACUGGGCCGGGCCUUACAGAACAAUCAGCAGUUUAUCUCUUCCUCCGUGGGACUCUGUAAUCUCUUCUGUCACAAGAAUGACUCUACUGGGGGGCUGAAAGAAGUGGGGGAGACGGUGAUAAACCCUUCCCUGGGGAAGUUCCUGGAGCAGGUCUCUACUCACUAUACAGACUCCUUUGUCACGGGGCUACUAGCCCAGAGCCUUCCUGAUGAUACCGACUCCACCAUACGGGACAAGUUCACAGCCGCUAUCUCCCACCAUCGCCCUGAUAUUGAGGCUCCCGUGACUCUACAUGUAGAAGAGCUGACACUUUAUACAUCCGGCGGCCAGACUGCUGGAAGAAUUCUGUCCAACUUUGUCCAGACACUUAAUGAGAAUUCCAGUUCGGACUCUUUGCUGCUUCCAUUGAUGAGCAGGAGGGCAGCUCCAGUAGGGACCAAUGUGAUCAUCGCUCGCUCCUCUGGGGACCUCUUGGUCAUGUCUCUGUCCCUCAACAGCUCAUUUGGCUCUGGAUUUGUCUCUCCCUCCACAGGGAUCCUUCUCAGUGACUUUAUCCAACAUCCCGGCCUCUCGCAGGAGUCUCAGCCUGAAUUCUGGGCCUGUCCCUCGGUGCUGUCUCUAGAGGGAGAUGUAAUGGGAUUGGCAGCCACCGGGGGGAGCUCUGUACCUUCCUCUCUGGCUCAUAUUAUAUUAAAUCACCUGUUCCUUAAAAUGAACCUCACAGAGUCCGUCCGGGAGUCACUGACCCAUGAACAUUUCCCUGUGAAGCCCACUAGAGACACAAAUCCACUCGCUGCUUUGGCUGUUAUAGUAGAAGCUGAACACGUUCACGUUGCUAAAUCGUCAGCUCUCUGCUGCUUCCACGAGGGUCUGUAGACAGGGGUCUGCCCUGGGAUAUAAUGGACUGCUCCCCAGAGAAAUCGGCUACUCACUCCUCAUUAGGCCUGGACUAGCAAUAUGGUCACACACUGGCACUAUUUGGCCAGCUGCUUGUAUUUGGCCUAUUGUGAAUCUCAGCCCAGAAUAAUAUAUUGUUUUUAUAAAACUCCA